AUGGCUUUGGUGGUAGGGGGACACAGAUGGAUAGAGAAGGUGCUUAAAGGAGAUGGUAGUACUGGAAAUAUUGAAAUAUAUAAAGAGAACAUAGAGAAGUACAACCUGAAUGGAAAAGCUCUAAUAUUCAGCAAAAAGGAAGAACUCUUAAAAAUCACAGGCAUGACUCUGGGCGGUGCUUCUGUGAGUGACAGCCCGGGCAGCCUAUCCCCGCUGGGACUCCCUUCCCGUCCGGUUUCGGCGGCCUUGGCAGGGCGGCGGGGACCGGGGAGAGGCCGCCAUGGGCUGGUGGGUGCGGGCUGUGGGGCGCUUCCUGCGGGGGGCGGCCGGGCGCAGGCCCCCCGAGGGCCCCGGCGCAGCUCGAGCCGGGCCUCUGCCUCCCCGCCGCCGCCCUCGGAGCUGGACACGGACGCCUGGCUGCUCCGGAAGGCGCAUGAGACGGGUUUCCUGUCCUGGUUUCGCAAUGGCUUGCUGGCAACCGGCGUCGGAGUAAUUUCUUAUGUUCAGAGCGACAUGGGACGAGAGGCAGCUUAUGGUUUCUUCAUUCUCGGCGGGAUUUGCGUGUCUUACGGCAGCGCCUCCUACCUUGUCAGCCUCUUCCUCCUGCGCCGCACCAUGAUGCUUGCUUUCUCCACGGCCCUGCUGAACGGCACGGCGGUCACAACGGUGGCACUGUUCUGGCUGUGUGCCAUCUCCCUCUACAUCGGUCGCCUUGAGGUUGAGAUCAUACAGGAGGACAGUAGUGAUGAAUGCCAGGACACAAAAAAGGAUGAUGGGAAGUCGGACGAGUAAAGACCAAGGUCCUGGGGGAUUUUGCUGUUUUCAUGAUGGUCAUUUAGAAUGUUCUCCAGCACGUUCAGUGGACUGAGUUUUAAGGCAAUAGAUACAGCGCCCACGGGCUGUCCUGCCCACCGUGUCCAAGGACACAAAGAAAGGGCAGCUUUAUUGUAAAUAAGACACUGUUGGCUGCUUUAUAUUUAUUUAACAUUUUCCAGAUUGGCAGUGGGAAUUAGCAUUAGAAAAAUUGGAUCAUCGAACAGAAAUAUGGCUGCAGGAGACCCUGCUGUGGUAGCAAAUGGAUUGGUGGGACGGCUUCCCAGCUGGGAGCUUGCGUUGCUGUCAAAAUGGAUCUCUGAUGCUUUUAAAGAACUGGCUGUCCAUUGAGAUCCUGUGCUCCCGUCUCCCACAUACAUCCCAUGCCUGUUCUACCACGUAUGCAGAAGCUGGAAAUUUUAAGCCAAAUUCAGCUGAUGCUCCCUAGAAAUGUUGAAUCGCCACAGUAUGCCAUGGAGUCCGAUCCUGCUGCCCCGGCGUGCGUUGUAAAGUUAGCACAUCGCAUUGAGGUUACUCACAAUGCCUCUUUAUCCCAUUUUACAUCCAGAUCAGUUAAUGUUUGUAUUAAAAACAUCAAAACAAAACAAAA